AUUCAUAGUUAGUUACAUCCUCCGAUUGUAAUUUGCGGUCUCGUUAUACUUUUCAAUAUUGGGCCGGUUCAUUAUUUAUUUGACGUUUAGGGAGGAUUCAUCGAUUUCCCAUUCGAUUGUUUUUCCUUCAGUGAACAAAUAUAAAUAGGACUGUCAAAAUGGCGCCAAACAUUUCUACACCAACUGGAGUUCUCCACGAGUAUGACGAGGAGGUGGAUACAAAAGACAUUCCGCCAGAAGUGGUGGAAACAAGUGAUCGCAAACUUGAACUGGUUUGGAAGAAUGUCAUCAUCUUCACCUGUUUUCAUAUCGUGGCUGUAUACGGGCUUUAUUUAAUGUUUACUUCUGCCAAGAUAGCAACAUCCAUUUUUGCUGUUAUUAUGUACCAACUUGGUGGAUUGGGUAUUACCGCUGGAGUUCACAGACUCUGGUCUCAUCGUGCUUAUAAGGCAAAUGUUCCUCUAAGAAUUAUUUUGACUAUAUUUAACUCAAUAGUUUAUGAGAAUUCUAUAAUAGAAUGGGCCAGGGAUCACAGAGUCCACCAUAAAUUCAGCGAAACCGAUGCUGAUCCUCACAAUGCCAAACGCGGAUUCUUUUUCGCUCACGUUGGAUGGCUCCUUUGCCGCAAACACCCUGAAAUCAAGAACAAAGGAAAGGAUAUCGACAUCUCUGAUCUUUAUGAAGACUCUAUUAUUGUUUUCCAAGACCGCUACUAUAUGAUUGUGAUGCCGCUUGCAUGUUUCAUUAUCCCAACAUUGGCUCCAAUGUAUUUCUGGAACGAAACAUUUGUCAAUGCUUUCUGUGUCAAUAUCUUCAGAUAUGUUUUUACCUUGAAUGCCACCUGGUUAGUCAAUUCAGCUGCUCAUCUUUAUGGACAGAAACCCUAUGACAAGUAUAUCUAUCCAUCUGAACACGCAACCGUUUCUUUUUUCGCUCUGGGUGAAGGAUGGCACAACUUCCAUCACACCUUCCCAUGGGACUAUAAAUCUUCCGAGUUGGGAAAAUACAACGCAAACUUCUCCACAGCCUUCAUUAACUUCUUUGCUAAAAUAGGUUGGGCCACUGACCUUAAAACCGUCUCAGAUGAUAUGGUUAAGAAGCGUGUUCUAAGGACAGGAGAUGGCAGCCAUGGAAUUUGGGGAUGGGGUGACAAAGAUCAGCCCAAAGAAGAUUACAAUGAUGCGCUGAUCACUCACAAAGAACAUUAAAAAGUAGUAGGAAAAUAUAGCUUCAAUAGACAUAGAGUUGAUAAAUGCUAUUUGAGAGACUGAAUACACAACCGGACUUAUUUUUGCUUAAUAUUUCGGCUGCAAAAGGAAAAAAGAGUGUCACUCUUUGACAAAAUAAUUGAAAUAUAUGUUUUUUGAAAAAAUAGAUUGAGAUUAUGCGUCUAUAAAUUUUAAUUUUUAUUAAUAAGCCUGUUAUUAAAAGUUUACAACCCUUCAAAAACAUAUAUUUUUAUAACCAGUAAUAUUUAAUAGUGUAAUUAUUUCUAUUGAGUUUAGUUUGGAAUGGUGGGUUUCAAAUUGGUGAAAUAUUUUUGUAUAAAGGUGGCUCGUUUUAAAAAUUUCCCCAUGUUUAAUUACUUUUGUAUAGUAGUUAUUUAGUUAGUAUUCUGUUAUAGUUAUUUCUUAUAACGAUUAUGGUUACUAAAAAAAUAUUCUGAUAAUAAAUUGUUUUAUUUACAAA